CUUCCUUGUGUUCCUCCCUUUUUUAAAACUUGAUCAAUCCCCUCCUCCUCUUCCUGGGUCUGACUAAAACCCUUGCGACUUCGACAUCGAAACCUUGAAUCCAUUGAGUCGCAGAAAUUUCUUCUUGUCUGUCUGUACCAACACGUUCCAACAACAAAACCAUGACCACCGAAUCAAUCGUCAUCCUAGGCGGCUCCUUCGCCGGCCUCAGCGCCGCUCACUAUGUCAUCCGACACGUCCUCCCACAACUCCCCAAGAAGGAUGGAACCACCUACGCCGUUACUCUUGUGAACCCUAGCAAAGACUUCUACUGGCGAAUUGCCGGGCCCCGAGCAAUUGUGUCCCAGGAGCUUAUGCCCUCCAGCAAAUACAUCUACCCGAUCGAGCCAGCAUUCGCCUACGCGAAGGACCAAUUCAAGUUCGUUCAGGGUACCGCCACGCAUGUCGAUGCCGCCGGUCAGACUGUCUCAGUCACUACGCCAGACAACCAGCAGGUGCAGAUACCUUACAUUGCCCUCGUUGUCGCGACUGGUGUCACUACCGCUUCCCCGUUGUUCACCCUGAAGGCGGAUUCCGCCGACUUCGUCUCGCAGAAGGCAGCAUUCCAGAAGGCGCUAGCUACGGCAAAGACUGUCGUCAUUGGUGGUGGCGGACCCGUGGCCGUGGAGAGCGCCGGCGAGAUUGCAGAGGUUUUGAAUGGGAAGCCUGGCUGGUUCGCAUCGGCACCCAAGAACCCCAAGGCGAAAGUUACAGUGGUCUCUGGAGACAAGAAGUUGCUCCCCAUCUUGCGCGAAUCUAUCUCAAAUACGGCCGAGAAGUACCUAAACAGACUCGGAGCCGACGUGAUCUACAACACCAAGGUCGUGGGCACGACGAUCGAGAACGGAAAGACGAUCGUGAAGUUGUCGGAUGAUAAGACGAUCGAAGCAGAUAUCUACCUUGAUGCUACGGGUGUCCGACCCAACACCUCAUUCCUCCCCAAGGAAUGGCUGGACAACCGCAACCGCGUCGCAUGUGAUCCCAAGACUCUCCGCGUUACAGCUUCCCCUCGUGUUUAUGCGGUCGGUGAUGUCGGCUCAUAUACUCGAGGAGGUGUGAUGGAUCAGGCCAAUGCUCUACCAGUGGCUCUGACCAACCUGAAGACCGAUCUCAUUGCGCAUCUCUCUGGCAAGGAGCCUGGGCCAGACAGGCAUUACACUGCGGACCUGAGAGAGUCACAGAUUGUCCCUAUCGGCACACAGAAGGGAGUGGGUGCAUUCGGAGGCAACAAAGUCCCCAGCCAGAUGGUCUGGUUGAUCAAGGGGCGGGACUACAUGAUCUCUCAGCUCGCCCAGGCCACAUUGGAUGGCGCAGGGUACAAGAAGGAGGGCAAGUGGAAGCCUGAACCUGCCACCGCCAAGGUAGGGCUUUCCAGCGGUUAAGCCGUGAUCGUAGUGUAGUGGAAAGGACAACAAUCAUCGACAUUGGCGGGUCGGAUUUCUUGCUGGCUUGUUUUACUCUUUCAUUAAUUUUCCCGCGUUCGUAGGCAUACCCCUAGUCUUGUGGAGCUGAAGGUGCUUCGUUCAAUUUCCCAUGUUAGAUUAAUCAAUUGCAUCCCGCAUCAAUAGCAUAACUCGUAAUGAACAAUAUUUGAAUUCAUAACAC